GGACCGGGUCAAGGGGAUGUUUGGCCUCGGUCCGACUCGGCCUCACAGCAAACAGACCGAGAGCAAACCGUCAGAGUUCAUCAUCACGCUGGACAUCCUGAUGGAGCUCACUCCAGAGUACGGCCUCCACCACCGGAUCAGAGUCAUCAACCACGUGUGCGAUCUCGCCAAAUCCAAGAAGUUUGAGGAGCAUGCGGUGGAGGCCGUGUGGAAGGCUGUGGAGGACAUGAUGCAGCCUGAACAGCCGCCUGAAGCCCAUCAUGCAGUGCUGGUGCUGCUGAGAGCCAUUAUACAGGGACAGGGUGAGCGCUUGGGUCCGCUCAGAGCCUACUUCUUCAAGAUCAUUCUGGACUAUCAGCCCUCUAAUGAAGAUCUGGCCGAGAGACUGGAGGUGUUCAAGUCCCUCACGGAGAACGGGAAAGACAUCACCUACCUAGAGGAGGAGAUCGCUCGGUUUGUUCUGCUGUGGAUGGACAUCGGUCUGUCAUCAGAUUUCCUGCAUGUGCUCGUGAACUUGGUCAAAUUCAACUCCUGCUACCUGGAUGAGAACGUCUCCCUCAUGGUCCAGAAAAUCUGCCUUCUGUGUAACCGGACGACUUCCUCCACAGAUAUCGAGGUUGCGCUGCAGGUGUUAGACGCGGUGGUGUGUUAUAACUGCCUGCCCUCCGACUCUCUGACGGUGUUCAUCAUCACACUGUGCCGAACCGUUAACGUGAAGGAGUUCUGUGAAUCCUGCUGGAAGUUGAUGCGUAAAGUGCUGGGAACUCACCUGGGUCACAGUGCCAUAUACACCAUGUGCCGUAUCAUGGAGGAGAGGAAAAUCUGCCUUCUGUGUAACCGGACGACUUCCUCCACAGAUAUCGAGGUUGCGCUGCAGGUGUUAGACGCGGUGGUGUGUUAUAACUGCCUGCCCUCCGACUCUCUGACGGUGUUCAUCAUCACACUGUGCCGAACCGUUAACGUGAAGGAGUUCUGUGAAUCCUGCUGGAAGUUGAUGCGUAAAGUGCUGGGAACUCACCUGGGUCACAGUGCCAUAUACACCAUGUGCCGUAUCAUGGAGGAGAGGGUGUACAGUGAGGACGCCGCUCUUCUCAGGGGUGCUGUGUUUUUUGUUGGUAUGGCGCUGUGGGGAGCUCACAGACUUCCUGCCCUCAAAAACACGCCCACUCUGGUCCUGCCUUCCUUCUACAAGGCCAUGAGCUGCACGAAUGAGGUGGUGUUCUAUGAGAUUGUGCUGUCGAUCACGCGACUCAUCAAGAAGUACGGCCGAGAGCUGCUCGUCGUGACAUGGGACAUCCUGCUGUCCAUCAUAGAGAAACUCCUGCAGCAGAUACAGACGAUGGGCAGUCCUGAUCUGAAGGUGAUCGUUUAUGAGUUACUGAGCACCGUCGAGGAGCUGUACGAACAGAACGACUUCCACGGAUCCUCGCAGAGAUUCUUCAGCCUGGUGGAGAAGUGUGCUGAUAAACGUCCCGAUGCGUCUGUGCUGACGCUGAUUUCCUACAGAGCUCAGUCCAUUCAGCCGGCCAAAGACGGGUGGCUGCAGAACCUGCUCAAACUCACGGAGAAGUUCUUCAGGAAUGAGAGCCGUACUGUGAUCAGGAUCAAGGUUCUGCACAUCCUGUCCUUCGUGCUCAGCACAAACCGACAACUCUAUGAAGAGGAGCUGAUCGAGGUGGUGGUGAUUCCUCAGCUGGGUCAGAUCGCUGAAGAUCGAGAUCUGUCCGUCAGGAAACAAGCCACGCAGCUGCUGGUGGAUCUCGCCGAGGGCUGCAGCACGCAUCACUUCAGCAGCCUGCUCGACAUCAUCGAGAAGGUUGCUAGUCGUCCGUUAACCUGCUCUGUGGAGGGAGAGAGAGAGCUGUCAGUGGAGUCACCCAUGGAGGACGUCCGGACCGCUAUACUGGGACUGCUAGACAUCCUACAGAGUAAACUGUACAGUCUGCCAGCCAGUCACGCCAGUCGAGUGUACGAGCUGCUGAUUUCUCAUCUGCAGCUUCACUACAAGAACAAAUACUACAGUGCCACCGGGAGCUCCAUACGCCUCAAGGUCUUUGAUUUCUUGCUGAUGAUGAGGGCCGACUCUCUUCAUCGUCUGGGUGUCCCCAAUAAAGAUGGAGUCCUGAGAUUUAGCCCAUACUGUCACUGUGACGUCGGGGAGUCGGAGAAGAGAGUGACUGAUAAGAAGCCAACAGGAACUGUGUCGCCGCCGACAGGAAGUCCCACACCAGCGGCUCCGCCCUCCUCCAUUCGCACUGCCUAUCUGCCCUACAGCCUGGCCUUCAGCGUGCUGCUACAGUGCCUCAAGAUGGAGAAUGACUGGAAGGUUCUGAAGCUGGUUCUGGAUAAGAUGUCCUGCACCAUCCAGUACAAAGUUCUGGUCCUGACCUCACCCUGCAACAUCGAUCAUCUGUGCUCCACUCUCUGCUCCAUGGUGACGGACCGUCUGAUAUCGGAGCGUUUGAAGAAAACUCCUGAUGGAUUCUCCCUCACUGAUGUUCAGCUCGCUGCGGUUCCUGUUCUCACUGCCCUCACCUCCUACCACAGCUACCUGGAGCAGUCCCGACAGAGGGAGCUGGUCCAGUGUUUGGAGAAAGGCCUGAUUUACCGCUGUGCUAAGCAGUGUGUGGUGGCUCUGACCAUGUGCACCGUUGAGAUGCCCGACAUCAUGAUCAAACUCCUGCCCGCCCUCAUCGUCAAGCUCACGCACAUCUCGGCAACCGUUGCCAUGGCCUCACCCAUGCUGGAGUUCCUGUCCACAUUGGUGCGGCUCCCACAUCUGUAUGCUAACUUUGUAGCCGAGCAGUACGUCAGCGUGUUUGCCAUAUCGCUGCCGUACACCAACCCCUCAAAGUUUAAUCAGUACAUAGUGUCUCUCGCCCAUCAUGUGAUCGCCAUGUGGUUCAUACGCUGCAGAUUGCCUUUCAGGAAAGACUUUGUUCAGUACAUCACCAAGGGUCUCCGUUCAAACGCUCUUCUGCCUUUCGAUGACACUCACGAGCAGAGCAGCUUCAGAGCGCGCAGCCAUGUUUCUUCAACUACAGCCACUUUAGGUCCCAGGGAUUGA